AUGGCGCCCCUUGGACGGAGGAGGCUUUCUCUCUUCUCUCUCAUCGCUACGGCAGUUCUACUAUUUUUCCUCUCUGCCACUAUCCCCGCAGCCGCGGCGGCCCCCGCCGGUUCUGGCGUUAUUGGCAUCGACCUUGGGACAGAAUACAUAAAGGCUGUUCUUGUCAAACCAGGGAUACCACUCGAGAUUGUCUUGACGAAGGACUCAAAGAGAAAGGAAGCAGCAGUUGUAGCGUUUAAGCCAGGCCGUGAAUCUAGCCCUACAUUCCCCGAACGGUUUUAUGGCGGUGACGCAAGUUCACUUGCUGCCAGGUUCCCAGAUGAUGUCUACGCCAACUUGAAGACUUUGCUUGGUAUUCCCAUGAAUACGGGCGUCCAAGGUUCUGGAUCCGACAAUGAAAAUUUGGUCGAGAUGUACAGACGUCGCUACCCAGCCCUGAAAAUUGAAGCUGCAUCCGGCGAUCGAGGAACUGUUGGAUUCAGGAGCGAGAAAGUUGGAGCAAAGGAUGCAAAGGAACCCUUCCUUGUUGAAGAAUUGUUGUCCAUGCAGCUAAAGCAAGUCAAGGCAAAUGCAGAGGCAUUGGGCGGCAAGGGGACAAGCAUUAGAAAGGCCGCCAUUACAAUUCCACCAUACUAUACUGCCGAGGAAAAACGUAGUGUGGAGUUGGCUGCCGGGUUAGCUGAUCUCGACAUUGUCUCCAUGGUUAGUGAUGGUUUAGCAGUUGGUAUCAACUAUGCUACGUCUCGUACAUUCCCCAAUGUCUCCGACGGAAAGAAGCCAGAGUACCAUGUUAUUUUUGACAUGGGUGCCGGAUCUACCAGCGCAAAUGUUCUCCGAUUCCAGGGUCGGACCGUCAAAGAUGUAGGGAAAUUUAACAAAACUGUUCAGGAAAUUCAUGUCCUUGGAACCGCCUGGGACAAGACCAUGGGUGGUGAUGUUUUUAAUCAGCUAAUUGUGGAUGACAUGGUGGAAAAAUUUGUCGGUACGAAAAAACUUGGAGAUGCGACUGUUUCACAAGUCAAGGCACACGGAAAGACGAUGGCGAAACUGUGGAAGGACUCCGAGCGCGUUCGUCAGGUUUUGAGUGCAAAUACUGAAACCACUGUGUCCUUUGAGAAUCUCUACCAGGAGGAUAUCAACUUCAAAUACACACUCACCCGGGCUGAAUUUGAAAGACUCACCGAGAAAUACGCCCGCCAGGUCACUAUUCCACUGACAGAGGCCAUUUCUGCUGCAGGUUUGAAGAUCAGUGAUAUUGAAUCCGUAAUUCUUCACGGUGGUGCCACCCGAACGCCUUUUGUCCAGAAAGCACUUGAGACAGCUGCUGAUGGAAAAAUCAGAACGAAUGUCAAUGCCGAUGAGGCUGCUGUAUUUGGUGCUGCUUUUAAGGCAGCCUCCCUCAGCCCAUCGUUCCGCGUCAAGGAGAUCCGAACUCAUGACACCUCCGGCUACUCUAUCAAUAUGAGAUGGAAGUCCGGAGACAAAGACAGACAGCAGAACCUUUUCACUCCUUAUUCAGAGAGCGGUGGUGUGAAGCAUUUGACAGUGAAGAAUUUGGAGGAUUUUACCUUGCAAUUCUCCCAAGUCUACAUCCGAAAUGGCAAAUCAGUUGAAGCCCCGAUCCUCGAGGCACAAACGGCAAAUUUGACUGCUUCCUCCACCAAGCUCAAGGACGAGUUUGGAUGUGCUCCUGUUAACAUUACCACCAUGGUUUCGGUCAGAUUGAACCCUGUAAAUGGUCUCCCUGAAGUUGUGGGUGGUAGUGUUAGUUGCGAGAUCCAAAAUGAGAAGAAGGGAGUCGUGGAGGAUGUGAAAGAAUUCUUUGGGCUUGGGUCGAAGAAAUCUGAACAAGAGCCUCUAAUGGAGGGCGAUGAAGCCAUCGACCUGGAUGCCACUUCUUCAAAAUCUACCACUUCGACUGGGGGCAGUUCAUCUUCAAGUGCCACGGCUUCGGCUAGCUCUUCCAAGGAAAACGGCAAGGCUGGCAAGGAAUCAAAAACCCGAAUCGAAUCAAUCCACGUUGCCUUUACAUCGACUGUGUUGGGAACACCGCCAGUGACUUCUGAGGAAAUGAGACGUAUUCGAGAUCGACUUUCUGCGUUUGAUGCAUCUGACCUCGCUCGUGUCCAUCGCGAAGAAGCAUUUAAUGAGCUAGAAGCUUACAUAUACCAAGGUCAGCAUUGGCUUGACGAGGAGACAUUCACCAAGGCUACCAGAAACGAUUUCCUAAAGCAGUGGGAAGAAAAGCUCGCUGUUUCAGGAGACUGGCUUCAUGAAGACGGUACCAACGCAGGAAUCGAAGAGCUCAAGGAUAAGUUGCGUGAUUUGAAGGAGUUCGUCCGCCCUGUACUCGACAGAAGGAAUGAAGGCUCUACACGCCCCAGAAAGAUCGAUGCCUUGAAAGGUAGUCUUGACAGCGCAAAGAUGCUGGUAGAAAUUAUGGAGAGUCAAAUCAAAGCUGAAGAGGGACUUUUCUCCUCUUCCCUAUCGGCUUAUGAAGCUGCUGCUACUGAGACACCAUCUGGUUCGUCGAACGCAGACGCAUCCUCUUCACCUACUUCAGCCUCAACUGCCUCCCCGCCCGAGGACCCAAGCGACCUUGACCAAGAUGCCUUCUCUGAAUCAUCAUCCACAACCCAAUCUGCACCCCCCGUCAAGCCCACUCUUUCCUACUCUCUUUACUCGCCCGAGGACCUCUCAACCGCCUCAAAACUCAUAGAUUCUACAACCAAAUGGCUUGACGCCAAGAUCGAAGAGCAGAAUAAGCUCAGCGAGUCGGAAGACCCGGCACUUACUAUCGCUGAUAUUGAUGGUAAGCUCAAGGAGAUCGAAAAGGUACUCACUACCAUUCUCUCCAAACAGAGACGUCCAAACUCCGGCAAACCUAAAGCAGAUGGGAAAAAGAAGGCUAAGAGCCACAAGCCGCCGCCAAAGCCCAAGGGUAAACCAAAGACUACUGGAACCAUGGCGUCGCAGAAAAUAAAGGAGACUCCUAAGAGCGAAAAGACCAGCUCCAAGGAUGAAUUGUAA